AUGCGGGAAUGGAGCCGCGAGCCGCCGCCGCCGCGGCCCGGCGCAUGGGGCGCUGAUCGACGAGGAUCCGACGGGAGGGGUCCGCAUGCGCGCGACGACCGCGGCCGCGAUUUUCCGCGUAGGUCGCGCGAGGACGACAGAUACCGCUCGCCGCCUCGGAGUGCCUACGGCGCACGGUCGCGCUGGGGGCGCGACUCGCGGGGAUACAGAGAUAGAGAGUACGAUGCACGCGGGGGGUGGCGUGACGACCGCAAGCGGCGGUACGGGAGCACUUCACCCGACCGCCGCGAGAGCCGCCGCGACGAGCGGCGGCCGGACCGCCGCGAGGAUCGUUCUCGCUACGACGCGCCGCGGCGCGAGCAUGACCAAGGGCGUGUCCUCCCACGCAAGCAGCAUGCGUCUGACGCACAAGAGGCGCGCAAGGAGCCGCCGCCGUCGCGGUCGCUGAGUGAGCGUCUCGGUGACAAGCCGAUGGAGCGCGAACGGACGCAGCGCGCGCCUACCGCACGCAGCGCGCCCCGCGAGCGCGCUCCCAGCAAGCCGCAUCCGUUGGAAGAGGAUGCGCGGAAUACCCCCGCCGAUGAUGCGCGGCGCGCACAGCCCGACGGCCCUCCGCCGCCGGGCCCCCCCCGGGCCCUCCCCCGGGCCCUCCCCCUGCCCCGGUGCGACGAGGCGUACGAGAUUGUGGACCAAGUCGGCGAAGGGACCUAUGGGCAAGUCUACAAAGCGAGUGCAGAGCGCACUGGUGCGCUUGUUGCCCUCAAAAAGAUCCGCAUGGAGGCAGCCAAAGAAGGUUUCCCCGUCACCUCGAUGCGGGAGAUCAAGCUGCUGCAGUCUCUCCGCCACGAAAAUGUCAUUCGUCUGCACGAGAUCAUGACGAGUCGCACGGGAUCCGUGUACAUGGUCUUUGAGUACAUGGAGCACGACCUGAACGGCAUUCUCGUGCACCCCGACGUUGCCUUUACGCCCGCACACAAAAAGUCGCUCGCCGCGCAGCUGCUGCAAGGUCUUGCCUACCUGCACAAGCGCGCCGUGCUGCACCGCGACCUGAAAGGCUCGAACCUCUUGCUGAACAACGCAGGCAUCCUCAAGAUUGCCGAUUUUGGGCUGGCACGCACGUACUACAAGCGCCACCAAGGCGACUAUACCAACCGUGUGGUCACCCUCUGGUACCGCCCCCCCGAGCUGCUGCUCGGCGCGACGCAGUACGGCCCCGAGGUCGACAUGUGGGGCGCCGGCUGCCUCUUUCUCGAGCUCUUUACGCGCCACGCCUUUUUCCAGGGCCACGACGAGAUCCACCAGCUGCACGUCAUCACCGAGCGCCUCGGCCCGCUCGAGUCCUGGCCCGGGGUCGAGGCACUGCCCUGGUUUGAGCUGAUGCGCACGCGCGACGACGCGGAACGCAGCGCGCCCGAUACCCCUGCAUGGGCGGCCCUCGAAGCGAGUCUCUCGCCCGCCGCCCAACGGCUCGCGCGGGGCCUGCUGACCUACGACCCUACAAAACGCCUGUCUGCUGCGGAUGCACUCCAAAGCGACUACUUUACGAACGAAGAUCCCGCGCCGGAAGCCCCGGCGUCGGUCCUCGCCGCGCUCCGCGGCGAGUGGCACGAGAUGCAGUCCAAGCGCGCCCGGAAAAAGGCGCGCGCGCAGUAG